AGUGUGUAUUGUGCAGCAGUGCUGUGAAAUGUGCUGGGGUUCUAGCAUAGGCGUCGCCAGAGAUUUUCGGUUGGGGGGGCAAAAUCAACUUUUGUGUUAAAACUUGCCUUUCCCCAGUCUUUACUCACUCGUUUUACAUAUCAUUCGACGCGCAAUGAUGCGAAGAGUCCGAUGGUGACAAAGGUUUCCUUCUAGCUAUGACAUGUAAUUUUUUACAGAAAAAUUCGAAAUUAAAAAAUUUCAUGACAAAAACGACAGGUAGAAUUACAGUGGCUGCGAUUGCCGACGCACUGCAGAGGGCCCCUGUGCAGGCACUUGACGCUCAUGAUUACGAGCGAGCGAGCGCAGCGAGCGAAGUGAGUCUUUUCAAUAUAACGGAAAAAUCUCAGUAUGAGCGGCCCGGCCCGGCCCGGCCUGUAACGCUUUUGAGAGGCUUAUAUCUCAGCAACCGCUGGACCGAUUGGCCUGCGGUCUUUUAUGUUGGGUAGCCCCAUCCCUUCUACCCCGUAAUUGACUACUUUUGAUACAUCUCAGUGACCGUCGUGGCACGUGCCACGUGAAAAGUCGAGGGUGUUCAAGCUGUUUUGCAAAAGUAGUGAUUUUGAGAGGCUCAUAUCUCAGCAGCCGCUUGGGCGAUUGACUUGCGGUAAUUUGUGUAGGGUAGCAGCAUCCCUUCUACCCAAAAUAGGAUACUCUCGAUGCAUGUGGGUCACCCCCAGUGCACGUGCAAAAUACAACAAUAAGAGGUGCCAAAUUUGUUCCCAUUUCAGUAACUCGGUAAUUACUGGAGCGAUUUCGCUGAAACUUGGCAUACUGGUAGGCACCCACCAGGCAAUGCAUUCCCAUGUGUUGCGGUUAGGGUGCUACUGCACGUGCGCACGUGCAGGGGGCGUUUCCAGAUCUCGAGAACGGCUGGGCCGAUUGCGCUCAAAUUUGGUACACGGUUGGGGACCGGUUAGUAGGGUGCCGUGCAAAAGUCAUUUUGGACCCCGUUUGCACGUGCGCACGUGCAGAAUGGCGCUUCCAGAUCUCAGGAACGGCUGGGCCGAUUGCGUGCAAAUUUGGCACACCGCUAGCGACCAGUUAGAAGGGUGCUUUGCGCAAGCCCGUUGGAAGCACCCUCUCGCCCUUUUGCACGUGCAGGGCUCACUAUCUCGCUCGCUCGUUUUUCGCCCAAAAGGCGUUUUACUGGUCAUUAACCCAGAAAAAAGUGAAAAACGCUCCAUUUGAUCGGAUCACCCUGCUAAAACCUCCAUUCACGCAUGCAUGCAGAGGUUUUACGUGAAAUGCAUAGGACUUAUCUCAGCCGCCGAUCGUAGUAAAGUUGGGCAUUUGGCGGAGAGCGAAUGUCAGAAGUGUGAAUCGGAAGUAAUUCAUCUUUGCUCCAGUGAGAGGAAGUGUUUUGUUCACUCGAGUGUGAACAAAAGUUUCUCGUUUUUCGUGUGAGGGGAAGCGCUGCAAACGCGAACAAGAACUGUUAAACGGAACCAAAAGUUACGCGUGGCAUAGCGGCAAGGGAUUCCUUAAAGAUAAAACUGUAAGAUAACUGUGCAAGCCAACUGUUAAGAGAAUGGAGCUAAGACAAAGAAAAACUGUGCUAGACACAGUUAAAAAGUUGGAUGCAUUUCCAAAAAUUGCAGACACCUAUGUGGAGACGACCAGGUCAGGCGGCACCAUCAGUAUCCUGACGUUUGCCGCCAUGGUACUGCUGCUCUACACGGAGGUCACCUACUAUAUGUCCUCGUUCCGCUUUCGGUUCGAGCCGGAUGUGGAGAUGGACGCCAAGCUGCCCAUCCAUGUGGACAUUGUCGUCGGGAUGCCUUGCGCCGCGGUCGGUGCUGACAUCAUGGACUCGACGAAUGAGAACGUGUUCAGCUUCGGCCGUCUGGAGGAGGAGAAUACCUGGUGGCAGAUGACGCCCGCCCAGGCCGACCACUUCCAGAUGGCGCAGAUGACGAACGCGUUUCUGCGCGAGCACUACCACAACCUUCGAGACACACUGUUCAGGAGCGGACACACGUCCAUGUUCGCCGGCCUGCCGCCCCACCGUCCGCGUCCCGAGCGGCGGCCCGACGCGUGCCGCGUUCACGGCUCUCUGGUGCUCAACAAGGUGUCCGGUAACUUCCACAUCACGGCCGGCAAGGCGAUCGGCCUGCCGACCGGCCAGCACGCGCACAUCUCCGCCUUCAUGGACGGCAACUACAACUUCUCGCACCGCAUCGUCAGGUUCCAGUUCGGGGACGACCAGGGCGGUCUGAUCCACCCUCUGGAGGGUGACGAAAAGCUGGCCUCCUCUGAGAUGCAGAUGUACCAGUACUUUUUGGAGGUGGUACCGACGGAUGUACACGGUCUGCUGGGUACCACGCACACCUACCAGUACUCGGUCAAAGAGCAGUCGCGCGUCAUCAACCACCAGAAGGGCUCCCACGGCGUGCCGGGCAUCUACUUCAAGUACGACAUGUCACCGCUGAAAGUGGUGGUCUCUGAGGACCGCGAGCCGCUGGUCCAGUUCGCGGUGCGGCUCUGCGCCAUAUGCGGCGGCAUCUACGUCACAUCGGGUAUCAUCAACUCCCUGCUCGGCUGGGCGGUAUACCUGGUGUGCUGCCGGCGGACCCCGUCGGACCGACGCGCCGCCCCCGCCCCCGUCCCCGCCCCCGCCGACCGCCCCAGCGGUCUGCUGACUGCCGGUCAGCCGGCGGACGCCGGCCGGGUCAGUCUGGUCACUGCUGGCGACAGCUGACCGCAGCUGGGGACGAGCUGACCGCGGCUGGGGACGGACGGAGUGGGUAGUCGGCCGGCUCUUUUUGAUAUGUGUUUGUCGCACUGCGGGCGCCGUGACUCUGGGUGCAGCGGUGAUAUUUGCUAUAUUUGUUAUGGUGGUGGACACGUCUGUGUGUGCGUUCUGGGGGAGGGCAUUUCUCGCACUUUUAGUGUAUUUUACCCACAUUUAUGACGUGUGUAUUAAUUUUUACCACUGUGUUUGUCUCGUGUGUGUAAUCUCAGACUAUGUGUGCUGUGUACGACAAGGCGAUGUGUGCUGAGUGGUAUUGGUGCAUGCUGGGAUGUAUGCAUAUUGCAUAUGUAGCCAAAAUGUGCGCCGAGAAGGGGCGACACUGACAUAUGUGAAUAUCUGUCAAGUGCCCGUUGCUAUGUAGACAUGAAGCAACUGCUGCUUGGUUGCUUGGUUACCAUGUCUUUACUGGUAUCUAGUCACAUCUGAUGAGAGCGAUGUGGUGCCUAAGGACCAUUUUUCACAACACAGCAGGUGGCAGACCAAAUGACGCAUUUUGAUGCCAAUAAAGGUGAACAAUCGUAAA